AUGUAUCUCGACUUCCACAAUCGCCUGGGACUGGGUUCCCUCCUUACGAUGGCCCUCUCGCUCGUCUCCCCGCGCGAGCGCACCCUCGUGAAGCAUGAGCCCGCCCUGCCUCCCUCAUACCCACUAGCCGUGCGCAAUCCCUACCUCUCAGCCUGGAUGCCCAGCGAUCAGGUCCAGACGCUUCCCUACGCCGAGCCCCAGUUCUGGGCCGGCCAGAGCUUGACCUGGUCGGUCAUGGCCCGUGUCGAUGGCCAGGCGUAUAGCUUGAUGAGCGUUAAGAACCCGGGCGACGGGAUUCGUCCUGCUGUUGUGCGCUCCGCGGAGUAUACCGCAUCGCAUUCGGUUUUUACAUUGUCGGCUGGUCCGGUUGUCUUCACGCUGGACUUCUUUUCGCCGGUUUCGCCGGCGAAUUAUUUGAGGCAGUCGCUGCCUUUUAGCUACUUGACUGUUACCGUUUCGGAGACAUUGGGCAAUGACAUCCAGAUAUUCUCCGCUAUAGAUGGCAGGUGGGCGGGAAGACCGCAACGGACAGCCCGCGGGUUUCAACACGCCAAUUCAACCGCCAUAUACUCUUUGGGCGUCAAGAAUGCGGUCCCAUACUCAGAGCACAACGAUAUGGCGACCUGGGGAGAUGCUAUCUUCGCCGCGCGCCCAAGCCGCACAUCCGAACUCUCCUUCUCGUCCGGAAACCGUGGCGACGUGCGCUCCGAAUUCGUUCGGUCUGGAAAACUGUCCGGAAAAAACGAUGCUUGGGUCCCCGGUGGCAUCGUGGCGCUGUCGCAUGUUCUCGGCACCGUCACGGGGAGCAAAUCAGUGAAUUUCGCGGUCGGUUAUGUGAGAGAAGCGGCUAUCAAUUAUCUGGGGAAACCCUAUACCGGAUACUAUCGAGCUGCGUAUCCCACCACGGCGGAGGCUCUCAACCACUUCCUGGACGACUACACGGAUGCGCUCUUGGAAUCGCGCGCACUCGACACGGAGAUGGCCACCCGAGCGGCGGCUGCGGCCGGUCCCAAGUAUGCGGACAUUGUCACGCUCUCCGCACGCCAGGCCUAUGGCGGCAUUGAUGUCACGAUUCCCGAUGACACGAAAGACCCUAGUGAUGUCCUGGCGUUUAUCAAGGAAUUGUCGAGUAACGGCAAUCUCAACACGGUGGACGUGAUCAUGCCCGCCUUCCCCAUCUACUACGUGAUGGACCCCAACUACAUCCGACUACUCCUCGAACCCAUGAUGCGGUAUCUCGCGGCGGGCCGCUGGCGGCAGCCGUACGUGAUCCACGACAUGGGCUCACACUAUCCCAACGCAAUCGGCCACGACAACCAAGUCGCCGAACCGAUGCCCAUCGAAGAGUGCGGCAACCUAAUGGUCCUGGCUCUGGCCUACGUGCGCGCCACGGGCGACACGGCGUGGGUCGAGCAAUACGGCGACCUCCUGCGGCCCUACGCAGACUACCUAGUCGACAACGGCGUCGACAUUGCCCUGCAGCUGUCAUCCAACGAUGCGGCGGGCCCCCUAGCCAACGAAACAAACCUAGCCAUCAAGGCAACCGUCGGUCUAAAGGCCUACGGUGCCCUAACCGGAGAGACAGAGUACUCUCGCAUCGCCGACGAACGGGCCAACCUCUUCUUCCACCAGGGACUAGGCACAGAUGACGCCCAGACGCAUUUCGUCCUGCAGUACCCCGACAGCCCGGACUCCUGGAAGACGCCGUACAAUAUCUUCCCCGACGUGCUGUUCGACCUGCGCACCUUCCCAGACGCAGCUCACCAGAUGAACGGCGCCUUCUUCCGCACCGUGCGCGCCGAGUACGGCGUGGCACUCGACCACCGCCAGGACUGGGCCAAGUCCGACUGGAACAUGUGGCUGGCGGCAACCCUGGAUGCGACGACACGCGAUGAGUUUGUGCAUGACCUGUGGGCGUACAUGACGAACGGCAAGCACACCUGGCCCUUCUCGGACCGCUAUGUGUCCACCUCGGCCAAGGGGGCUACCCCUGGCGUGCCGGUUCUAUGCCGGGCACGGCCCACGGGACCCAAAUCUCUCCAGUUGGCUGUCGCGAAGGCGCUGGAUGAGACGCCAGCAGCGACGGAGCCCCGUCCGCCUCACAACUUCGGUGCGCAAGGCUACUCGUCCCUCCCCAACGGUGCCACCAACCCUGUCCCCGGAGCGGUCCCUCUUCUUCCCAACAAUGGCCGGAUUAUUCAGAACGGCCCAACUAGAGUUUUGUGUAUUGCCGAUGUUCGCGGGAACCUGAAGUCUUUGAAUGAGUUGGCCAAGCAGGCCCGUGCUGAUCAUAUUAUUCACACUGGUGACUUUGGUUUCUAUGAUGAUACCUCGCUGGAUCGGAUUGCGGACAAGACCCUCAAACAUGUGGCCCAGUACUCUCCGCUGCUUCCUGAAAACGUGAAGCGCGCGAUUGCUCAGACCCCUCCCCAGCAGUCCAUCAAGCAACGGUUCACGCCGGACCAACUUCCCCUCUCGGAGCUUUCCAUGCUUCUCGACAAGCGGCUGACCCUCGACGUGCCCGUAUACACCGUGUGGGGUGCUUGUGAGGAUGUCAGAGUGUUGGAGAAGUUCCGCUCCGGGGAGUACAAGGUGGACAAGUUGCACAUCAUCGACGAGGCGAACUCGCGGUUGCUAGACAUCGGGGGUGUCAAGUUGCGCCUUCUCGGGUUGGGAGGUGCCGUCGUGAUGCACAAGCUCUUCGACAACGGUGAGGGGAAGACGACGAUCGCCGGUGGCCAGGGUACCAUGUGGACGACAUUACUGCAGAUGGGCGAGUUGAUCGAUACGGCGAACCGCGUCUACGACCCGUCCGAGACCCGCAUCUUCGUGACCCAUGCCUCGCCCGCGCGGGAAGGCAUGCUGAACCAGCUGUCGGUGACGCUCAAGGCCGAUUUCUCCGUCUCGGCCGGUCUGCAUUUCCGAUACGGCUCCUCCUACAACGAAUUCUCGGUCAACCCCUCGCUUGACCAUUACCGUGGCAAGCUCGCCGCGUCCAAGGCCUCUUUCCACGACGUGUGGGAGACGGUCCGGGGCGAGGUCGAGGCGGCCAUCUCUUCCAACGAAGCCCAGAAGACGCUCCUGGAUAACGCCCUCGACGUGGUCCACAAGAUGCCCACCGUCGCCAAUGGCGGGAACCCCUUCGGCGGUCCGUCGGCCGCUGGCAACGGCGCCGGCCAGGUCGACGAGAGCGCCUUCAAGAACAUGUGGAACUUCAACCUGGCGGAUGCCGCGUUUGGCUUCCUGGUGCUGGAGAUCGAGGGCGGUCGCAUCGCUACGGAGAUGCGCGCCCAGGGGUUCAACUUCUCCCACCGCAGCGGCAAGCCCUUGGCCCCCGGCGUCCCGGCCCCCGUGACGGGUGGUCCCCCGGCCGGCGUCUCGUCCCCCGCCAGCACCACGCGUGGGCCCCCGCAAUUUGGCCAAGCCCAGCCAGCCCGGGUCGCCCCGCCGGCCCAGCAGCCGCCCAAGGGUCAGGCCGGUGCCUCUCCCGCCCCCGUGAUCCCGAAGCCCGCCACGCCGCAGCCCGCGGCAUCAUCCGCCGCUCCCGGCUCCCCUGCCAAGUCCGCCGACGCCAACGGCACCGCCCAACAACCGGACAAGUCCGCCGAGUCUCCCGCAUCUCGCGGGGAGAAGAAGCUGACGAACGGUCUGUUUGUGUCCAACGUCGACAACGAGCAAGCCGUCCGGGAUAUCUUCCCCGAGGAGGAUCGGUCGAAGGUGGUGAAGGUGGAGAAAUGGGGCAAGUACAACCACGUUGUCACGUUCAAUACGGUCGAGGAGGCCAAGGCUGCGCUCGACCGCCAACCCACCGAGCAUAAAAAGCCGACGCCGCAGGGUCAGCCCCGCAAGCCCAACGUCAAGUUCUUCGAGGACCGGGGCGGCCACCGCGGCAACGCCGGCACCUGGCAAGGCAGCAACCGCGGCCCCAACCCGCAGCGCGGAUAUCAGAGCGGCGGUGCCAGUGACAGCGAGGGUGGCCGUGGGCGCGGUGGAUUUAGCGGACGCGGUCGGGGUCGCGGAGACCGGGGUGGUCGCGGCGGCGGGCGCGGGGGUCGCGGGGGAUUCACCAAGGGGUCCUCCGACUCCCCGGCACCGACGUCGACAUCCUCCGGCGGCGACAAGCCGGGUCCUUCGGGCGGCGACGCAGCCUGAGCCGGUGACUAUGACAGAUGGCAUGCUUGCUUCUUGUUGAUUUUCCCCCCGCCGUUUCUCCUUUCUUAAAACGCCCUAUCUUCUUCGUUUUCCCUUCUAUUUUUGUAUCGAAAUCUCUCUUUCUCUUUUCUUACAGGGCUUCGUUAAAUUCCCAGCACGUGUUUCAAUUACCACGAAUAUUCUAAUUUUUAUUUGUUGUGCUAUUUCCAACACCGUAUCUUCUGUGUCUCUUUUCUCUGACCCUCUGUCUAACUACUACUCCGUUGUUCUUUUUUUUUUAUCUUGCAGCGAGAUUUAUGCUUUUGUUCUCCGCAGUAGUCAGUGAGUCAGUCUUCUUGGGACUGUCUAUCGGACGGUCGACAGACGGGUACGCCUUACACCUUACACUUCUUUGUAUGGUAUGAUAUGGGAUGAAGUGAGAUGAGACGAGCAUCAGAUGGCUCGAAGGGGGGAAGAAGAAGAUGAGACGGAUUAAGAAAAUAAACU